UCCAAGUGCAACUAAGUCAGUUAAAGGGGUUUUAAAAGAGAAGUGUGGCAGACGUGUAGUGUCCAAUUUUGGGACUGAAGCUGCAAUGUCUUCUUUGGAUGACCUAGGAUGGGAACAGGAUGAGGGCAGGGAAGUGCAUUCUCAUUGGUCUUCAGUGGCUUUCAGUACCUAGAGUCAUGUAUGCUUGUGGACAUUCUGGCCUCAUAGGAUUGGGAGAUCUCAUUUUGCAUUGGCUCCAGUUGUAUCUGAAGGACAGAAGGUUAUCUGCGUAUACUAUGCUGGACUUGGCCAUUAGCACAGUUCGAUUUUGGAUUUUUUAAAGUGAGAAAAUGGAUUCUAAAAAGGAACUCAUGAGUGAUCAGCGGUUUUCCCGCAUUACGAAAGACCCUAGAUUUUGGGAAAUGCCAGAAAAAGAACGUAAAAUCAAAAUUGAUAAAAGGUUUCAGGCUAUGUUUCAUGACAAGAAGUUCAAGUUGAAAUACACUGUAGAUAAACGAGGGCGACCAAUUCAACACAGCUCCACAGAGGACUUGAAACGAUUUUAUGACCUUUCUGAUUCAGAUUCUAAUUUGUCAGAGUCUGACCACAAACAAACAGAGAAGAAAGCUAAAGGAAGAAAGUCCAAGUCUAAAGGGGAAAGAGGACCUGAUAAGUCUGUUGAUAGUAAAGAAAGCAAAGUGACAGAUGAGAGUUCAGCCAUCUUGAAAUCGGAAGUUCUAGAAAAUGAAGGCCAAAAAAGUGCAUCAUCCAUGUCCAGAAAAAAUGUAAAAGACACAAAUAAGGACCAUGUACCAAAGAAGCAAAACAAGCAAGAUGUAAUUGCUGCAGAAAGCACAAGUCAGAAAUCUUCACAGAAGUCUAUAAAAGAAAAAACAGUGAAAGAAUGUCACACAGAAGGAUUUUCAGCCCAUAAAAGAACGGAAUUAGCAAAGGAAAUAGAGCCCUCUGUCAGUCCUGUCAGCAAGAAAUGUCUGGAAACUAAAUCCCACCAGGAUGAGGAGAGCUUUGAUCCUGAAGAAUCGGAGGGUACUGGAGAAAGCGAGGAGGAAAGUGCAUCAGAAGAUGAAGAAGAAACUGGAGACGAAAGCGAGACUGAUGGUGAUGAAAGUGACAGUGGGCCAGAUUUGGCGAGAGGAAAGGGAAAUGUAGAAACCAGUUCUGAGGAUGAAGAGGAGAAUGAUUUGACUGAUAUAUUUCCAGAGGAGCCAGAAGUUAUACAUGAAUGGGGAGAACUGGCUAAAGAUGCUCCUCGUGAAGACAAGAUCACACACAGAUUGGCAGUUUGCAACAUGAACUGGGAUCGACUGAAAGCGAAGGACCUACUAGCUUUACUAAACUCAUUUACACCUAAAGGUGGUGCUAUUUUCUCUGUAAAGAUUUAUCCUUCAGAGUUUGGAAAAGAGAGAAUGAAAGAAGAGGAAGUUAAUGGCCCAAAAGAACUAUUAAGCUUUCCUGAAGAUGUUACAGAGAAGGACAGUAUUUUUAAGGAGAUACUGAGAGACUAUCAGUUCAAACGACUGAGAUAUUUCUAUGCAGUGGUAGAAUGUGACUCCCCUGAAACAGCCAAUCAAAUCUAUGAAGAGUGUGAUGGACUGGAAUUUGAAAGCAGUUGUUCCUUUGUGGACUUGAGAUUUAUUCCAGAUGAUGUGACAUUUGAUGAUGAGCCAAAGGACGUGGCCUCAGAAGUGGACGGAGCUGCUUACAAACCAAAGUUCUUCACAUCUGCUGCUGUGGCAACAUCAAAGGUAGACAUCACAUGGGAUGAGACGGAUCAUGAAAGGGUCACCUCCCUGAACAGAACUUUUAAAAAAGAGGAGCUGCUGGACAUGGACUUUCAAGCUUAUUUGGCUUCAUCGAGUGACGAAGAGGAGGAGGAGAUGGAAGAACACCAAGAUGAUGGGGUAAUACACACAGCAGACAGUGAUCAACAUAAGCACCACCCAAAAGAUGAUGAAGAGCAAAUUUCAAAAUACAGAGAACUUCUUCGGAAUAUCCAGGAAAAAGAAAAGAAGCAUCAAGAAACUGAUAUGGAAAUGGAGAUUAAGUGGGUUCCAGGACUUAAAGAAAGUGCUGAUGAAAUGGUGAGAAACAAGUUAGAAGCGAAGGAUAAACUGACUCCAUGGGAACAAUUUCUAGAAAAGAAGAAAGAGAAGAGGAAGCUGAAGAAGAAACAGAAGGAUGCUGCUGAGGAAAUACCGACUGAAGAUGAAUGCCCAUCUGAUGUUGAUUUAAAUGAUCCAUACUUUGCUGAGGAACUUGAGAAAGCAGAUUUGGAUAAGAAGAAGAAGAAGAAAGAAGAUGUUCAAGAAAAGGAAGGAGAUACAGAGAAGCAUAAGGCUGAAAUGGCUCUGCUGGUGAUGGAUGAGGAGGAGGAUGAAAAAAGACACUUCAAUUAUGAGAAGAUAGUGGAGCAGCAGAACCUGAGCAAAAAGAAAAAAAAGCUAUUAAUGAAAAAGAAGGAACUGCUGACAGAUGACUUCCAGGUAAAUGUUGCUGAUACCAGAUUCCAGGCCAUGUAUACUUCCCAUCUGUUUAAUUUGGAUCCUUCAGAUCCAAACUUCAAGAAAACAAAAGCGACGGAAAAGAUUUUAGAGGAGAAAGCUCGCCGAAGACAGCAGGGGUUGACUGGAGCAACUGGGGGACAGGACAACAUGGCAGAGAGGCAGUCUGCUGCCAAGAAACCCAUUGAUCCUGCAUUGUCAAUGCUGAUCAAAUCUGUCAAGAAUAAAACUGAACAAUUCCAAGCAAGGAAGAAACAAAAAGUCAAAUAAGUGGGAAACUAAUAUUGAGGAUGAGAACGAAGGACUUGUAAAGAAAUCAAACCCAUGUUGAUUUAGGGGUAAAUACCCUCUUAUUCUGAGGUCUUCCCUAUCAUUUCUGUCUGUCAUGCCUUUAAAUGGUUGCAAAACAUAGCUGCCAAAUGAAUGACAAAUAAGCAUAACCUAAAAUCAAAUGUAACAUAGCUGAAGAUAUUUGAAGAGUUUGGUUUUCUAAAAAAGCAGGAGUGCCAUGGUUAUAAUGUGGCAGCUGCUAUUCAGUCUUGAGAGCUGGCAUAAACUUUAGGUAAGAUUUUUUUUCCCCUUAAUGAUGUACUUUGUAUCUCAAAGAUCUGCAAACGGACUAAUGGAAAAUAUUGUAUGAAUGCCCUGAACUGUUAAUUAAACCCCCUGAUCAUUAUGGAUCAUUUAAUUAUAUAUGUGUUCAUGUGCAGUAUUUUAAAAUAGCUUACUAUUACUACUAUAUUUCUGUUAAUUCUUUGUCCAUUUUUUAUGUUUGUAAAUUGUAGGCAUACUUUGAAAAUCUGGUGGUUUGAUACUUCUCUGAAUUUCCCCGUACCAUUCUCCCAGUAAAUUAAUCUCUUCUCUUCUC